GAUUUUUUUACUACGUUAGUUGUUCCAUUGCUUCAUCUUCCAAAACACACUCCCACGCUUCUCUCAACUCCGUUUCUUUGCCCUAGAUCCAUGCUUUCCUUCUUCAACCCCUUCAUCAUUUUUCAACUUUUCAACAAUACCCUUUUUCAUUUUUCCCAUUUUCGUUCUUCCAAAACCUUCUUCUGCUUCAUAUUCAUCUCAUAAACCCUUCAAAUUUCCCACUUUUACUUGGUUUUGAAGAGGAUCUGGUUGUUCUAAAUUUCAAGUCUUUGGUAUCUUAUUGAUUUGUUUUUUCACUUUUGAAAUUGUUAUACUGUGUAAGUUACUCUCAUUGGUAGUUUUUUGUUCAAGUGGGUUGAGUAAAGUUAUGAUUUUUGAGAUUUAUGUGGUUUGAUUUGUUGAAUUUGAGGGUAUCAUAGUGGGUAAUUGGGUUUUUAGAGAUGGGUUUUGUUUUUUGUUUGCUGAUUUGUCACCAAAUUUGAGAUUGGAUGAUGAAUACUUGGUUACUACUGUAGUUGAUAUUGUGUACUUUUUUUUCUUCAUUUGUGUGAGAUUUAAGAUUAAGAUUUAAGAAGAAUUGUUACUUAGUUUGUUGGUUAAAUUUAGUAGGAUAGGAUAUUGGAAAUGUUACCGAGGAGUGAACAUUGAUAUUUUGGAGAUUGGUUUUGUGGGAAGAAGUGAUUUGUUGUGUAUAAUGGGUUGCAUGUGUUGCAAACCUUCUGCAAUCGAGGAUAGUAAGGAUAGCCCGAGGGAGCGUUUAUCGAACAAGCCUGUGUUGGAUUCGCGUGUGUCUAGAGGAGCUUCAUCGAGGAGGGAGGAAGCGUAUAGGGUGAAGGAUAGAAAUGAUAAUAACAAUGAUGCUAGAAUGGCGUUGAUUGAUAAGCAUGGGCAAGGGAAUGGUUCUGUUAGAGUUCAUGGCGAUAAUUUUGAAAGAAAGAGGGAGAAAAUGGAAUAUGUUAUUGCUCCACAUCCGGGGAUUGGUAGUGUUCCUAAGGCUAUGGAAGGGGAGCAUGUUGCGGCUGGAUGGCCGUCAUGGCUGGCAGCAGUUGCUGGUGAUGCAAUCAAGGGAUGGCUGCCACGGCGCGCAGAUUCUUUUGAGAAGUUGGAUAAAAUUGGCCAGGGAACUUAUAGUAAUGUUUAUAGAGCUCGUGAUCUUGAACAAAGAAAGAUUGUUGCUUUGAAGAAAGUGAGGUUUGAUAAUCUUGAGCCUGAGAGUGUUCGCUUCAUGGCAAGGGAAAUUCACAUUCUACGUAGGCUUGAUCAUCCAAAUGUCAUAAAACUGGAGGGCUUGGUCACAUCAAGGAUGUCGUGCAGCUUAUACCUUGUUUUUGAAUACAUGGAGCAUGACUUGGCCGGGCUUGCAUCACAUCCUGGACUGAAGUUUACAGAAUCGCAGGUUAAAUGUUAUAUGCAGCAACUUCUACGUGGACUUGAUCACUGCCAUAGCCGUGGUGUGCUGCACCGUGACAUUAAGGGUUCCAAUCUUUUGAUAGACAACAAUGGAGUAUUGAAAAUUGCAGACUUUGGUUUGGCGAGCUUUUUUGAUCCCAAUCUAAAUCAGCCACUGACAAGCCGAGUUGUCACUCUUUGGUAUAGGCCACCUGAACUUUUACUCGGAGCUACUUACUAUGGUACUGCGGUAGAUUUAUGGAGUACAGGUUGCAUACUUGCUGAGCUGUAUGCCGGCAAGCCUAUUAUGCCUGGUAGAACUGAGGUGGAGCAAUUGCAUAAAAUUUUUAAACUUUGUGGUUCGCCUUCCGAGGACUAUUGGAGAAAAUCAAAAUUGCCUCAUGCAACGAUAUUUAAGCCUCAGCAACCCUAUAGGCGCUGUGUUGCUGAAACAUUCAAGGAAUUUCCUGCACCUGCAAUAGAAUUGAUAGAGACACUUUUGUCCAUAGACCCUGCUGAUCGUGGAACUUCAGCAUCUGCUUUGAUUAGUGAGUUCUUCUCAACAAAGCCUCUACCUUGUGAUCCUUCAAGCUUGCCGAAGUAUCCUCCAAGCAAAGAAUUUGAUGCUAAAGUACGGGAUGAAGAAGCUAGAAGACAAGGGGCAGCAGGAAGCAAGGGUCAGAGACAUGAUCCUGAGAGAAGAGGAGUACGGGAAUCUCGAGCUGUUCCUGCACCUGAUGCCAAUGCUGAACUGGUAGUGUCAAUGCAGAAGAGACAAGGUCAGAACUAUUCUCAAAGUAGGAGUGAGAAGUUUAACCCUCAUCCUGAAGACGCUGGUUCUGGUUUUCCCAUUGAACCCCCUAGACCAUCCCAAGCUGCAGAAGCAAACGUGGAUCCCCAGGCAAAUCAACAUAAAAGAGCCUCUCAUUCGGGUCCACUUACUCACCGUGCUGCAUGGGCGAAAGCUGGAAAGAACCAGGAUGACGCUCCAAAGAUUUCAGUGGGUGGUGACUUAUCUACAAUGUCAGGCUUAGUUGCAGCCAGGAGGAGUAUGCUGUCUGACGAUCGCAGAGAAAGUUCUGGUUCAUCACAAGUCGAGGCUCCAAAACUAAUUACCAGGUUCCCAGGAUCCUUCAAGGAGGCAUCUGAAUCAUUGAUGCAACAAAAUCAAAAUCAGAAGCAUCAUGUACAUGCUUCUCAAAAGGAAGAUGCGAAAGGCAGCAACAAAGACCCAAAUAAUGUUGGUUAUGGAUCUAAGGGUUAUAAAAUUCAUUAUUCCGGUCCAUUGCUUGUUCCAUCAAGCAACAUGGAUCAGAUGUUGAAAGACCAUGACCGCCAAAUUCAAGAAGCGGUCAGAAGAGCACGUCUAGACAAGGCAAAAAUGCGAAGACUCCAAGCUGAAGGGAACCAGAUAAACAAUUCAUUAUUUGUUUCUGGUCGUUGAGCUGUAGAAUCUGAUGCACCAAAAAAGCAUCAUUAAGAUUAAGAAUACAUUUUUAUUUUCCCUUUUUGCCUUUGUAAUUAUUCCUCAGAUCAAUGCACCCCUUGGCCAUGUUAGGUAACUCCAUAGCACAUCACAUCUAUUUUAUUUCCACUUACAGAUGCAAUUUGUAUGGCCUCUUGUAAAGCUUUUAACAACCUUGAGCUGCAGAAUAUUCGGGGACGAUGUCUUCCUUAUGUUUAACUUAUGAUAAAGUAAUUAAUUAUUAUUGGGAA